GCCGCAAUGGCUUUUUGCAACGAAAGCCUGCUGGAAGGAUGCGACUUCAUGGAGCCGGACGACGCCGUUGAAGCCACAAGUAGUCCUCCCUCCGAACCCGGGACCCCUCUAAUAUCGGUCACCCUGCGCGUGACUCUGGCCGGCAUCAUGAUCUUCAUGAUCACCAUCGGUUUCCUGGGCAACGCCAUCGUGUGUCUGAUCGUCUACCAGAAGCCGGCCAUGCGUUCCGCCAUCAACCUCUUGCUCGCCACGCUGGCCUUCUCCGACAUCAUGCUCUCGCUCCUCUGCAUGCCCUUCACCGCCGUCACGCUGGGGAGCGCCGACUGGAGCUUCGGGAGCGGCUUCUGCCGCGCCUCCAUCAUGCUCUACUGGCUCUUCGUCCUGGAGGGUGUGUCCAUACUGCUCAUCAUCAGCGUGGAUCGCUUCCUCAUCAUCGUGCAGCGUCAGGACAAGUUGACCCCGCACAGGGCCAAGAUUUUGAUCGUGGGCUCGUGGCUGCUGAGUUUGUGCGUGUCCUUACCGUCCGUGGUAGGCUGGAGGACAGGCGCGGCGGGAGCAGGCGACGUCUGGGUGCCGCAGUGCGCGCUGGGAUACAGCGAGUCGGUGGCCGACCGCGCUUACACCGUCCUCUUGGCGGUGGCGGUCUUCUUCGCCCCCUUUUCUGUCAUGCUCUACUCGUACAUGUGCAUCCUGAACACGGUGCGCCGCAACACCCUGCGCGUCCACAGCCACGCCAGCGAGCCCUCCUGCCUGCCGGCCCUCAACCAAGUCAGCAAAAUGAGACUCAUCGGGCUGCAGAAACCCCCGCAGAUUAAGGUGGACAUGAGCUUCAAGACCCGCGCCUUCACUACCAUCCUCAUCCUCUUCGUGGGCUUCUCGGUGUGCUGGCUGCCUUACACCGUGGUCAGCCUCCUGGCCGUCUUCAGCCGCCGCUUCUACUACAGUCCCGCUUUCUACCCCACCAGCAUAGGCGCACUGUGGCUCAGCUACCUGAAGACGGUUUUCAACCCCAUCAUCUACUGCUGGAGGAUCCGAAAGUUCCGGGAGGCCUGCCAGGAGUUCGUUCCCAAGAGCUGCCGCCUGUGUCCCAGGGUGGCGGGCCGCAGCCGAAGGCGAGUGCGACCCAGCAACAUCUACGUCUGCAGCGAGACUCAGUCGGCUGUGUGA